CUGGGACAAUAGUGAGUGGUGCACACUUCCUUCGCCCGGCCACAGAAGACAAAAAAGAGUUGCUGGUGUAACAAUAGGAAGAAUAUAUUCCACUCCUCUCUUGUACACGCGGCUUAUGAGAUGAACGCUCGUCAAGAAGAACGUCCCCUUCAGCAGCAGGAGGAUCCACAGCCCCCCCACAUUAAAGAGGAAGAGGAGGAAGUGUGGAUGAGUCAGGAGGGAGAGUGUCCUGUAGGGCAGGAGGAGGCUGAUGUCAGCAAGUUUCCACUGACUGUUGUCUCUGUGAAGACUGAAGAGCAUGAAGACAAACCACCUGAGUCCUCACAGCUUCAUCACAGUCCAAACGUCUGUGAAGAACAUCUUCUCUCUGAGCAACAGAAGUGGAGCUUCAGGAUGGGCAAGGAGGAGCCACAGCCCUUCCACAUUAAGGAGGAAGAGAAGGCGCCACAUACAUUGCAAAUGCAAAGGGAAGAAAAUAACCCACUGACCCCGCAUUUUAAAGAGGAAGAGGAGGAACACAGCAUCAGUCAAGAAUGGUUGGAGAAGUUCCAUUUGAUUGUGAAGAGUGAAGAUGAUGGGGUGAAAGGUGAAAGUGAGGAGAGGGGAGGGGGGGAGCCUCCAAGCAGCAGCUCAACACAACACAUGACAACAGAAGCUGAUGGAGACCACUGUGGAGGAUCACAAGCAGACAAGCUCUUAGCUCCACUAUCAGAUAGUGAGGACACAACGUCACACUCUCCUGACACUGAUGAUGAAGACUCUAAAGAUGAUAAGACAUGUCACACUGACAACACUCACUUCACAUGUCCUCACUCUCACAAAACUUUUAAAUACCAUAGUUAUCUGAAAAGACUCAUGAGAACACACACUGGAGAAAAACCCUUUUCAUGCUCAAUCUGUGGUAAAGGUUUUGUAGAAAGUCGCGAUUUGAAAAGACACAUGAGAACACACACUGGUGAAAAACCUUUUUCCUGUUCAACCUGUGGUAAACGUUUUCUUGUAAAUCAUCAUUUGAAAAGACACAUGAGAACACACACUGGUGAAAAGCCUUUUUCCUGUUCAAUCUGUGGUAAAGGUUUUACAACAUGUACAUAUGUGAAAGUACACACUAGAACACACACUGGUGAAAAAUCACAUUCCUGUUCAAUCUGCAACAGAAGCUUUUGUUGACGAUCAAAGCUUUUAGUACACAUGAGAAAACACCCAGGAGAGAAAGUGUUGAGUUGCAGUGUGUGUGGUGAAAGAUUGUCUUCUAAGUACCAGUGUAAGAAACACAAGUGUGCUGGUGAGAACAGCAGCAGCAAAUGAAACUGCAGGAUUUGAAAUAAACUGUCCAGACUUUCAUUUUGACUUUCUAACAACAUCAGCACAUCAAUCAAGUACAUGCAUUAAUGUACUUUUAUUAAAUAUUGAACAAAAUAGUUUGACCGAAAAGGUGAGUGUAAACAGUACAAGACAUACUUCACAUACAAAAAACAUUUUAUUUGUAUAUAUAUGCAUAAUACAAUUUUAGAAUUAUUCAUAAUAGUUUUUUAUAGGCGUUUGAAAUAUUGAAGAAUUACAUUUUUUUUAUUUGUAAUUGUUAAUAACUCCAUAGAUUAUCACCUUUAUAUGAUAUACAUAUGUACUGGUUCACAUCUGAAACAUCUUCUGGACCACUUCAGGAAGCAUAUUAUUAUUUACUUUAUAUAUAAUUUGAACAGUUGUCUUUCAUACAAUUUUAAAAUGUGUGACUUUAUGAAUCAUUUGUUGGGUCUCUAUUCAUCCAGUUUAUUAAUGAUCUUUAUUACUGUCUUUUGUGAUAUGAUGAUUGUGUUGUGAUUAUUUUAUAUGUAUGUCCCCAGACCUUUAUGCAAUAUAAAAGUGAGAGAAAAUGGCUGAAUUGUUUGUGGAAGGAUGGUUUUGUUUUUACAAACUUACAUUUGUGGAUAAAACAAAAACUCCUAUUAUUGUGUUUUAAACAUUUUUAUGGUUGUUUUUCUUUUUAACAUCCCCAAAACAAUAUCAAUAUCAAUCAAAGUUUGUCGUUUUGGCAAAAGCCAAUAUUGUACAUCAUCCUACAUAGAUUUACUUUGCAUACAUUCAUAAAAUAAACAGUUUAUUUUGUUUCCCACUCACAGAACGAACAAGUGUUGUCUUCAAUUGCUAUUCAAUAUCCUAAAAAUGAUUUUAAGUGGUCAAUUCCGGGGUUGUUUUUUUUCCAAAAUGAACCCCUUUGCCUUUGGAAGAUUGGAAACUUUCAAGUUCUAUUUUUUUUUAAUAUACUAUUGAAGAAAUAGUAAAUAAUUACAAAAGAUGGUAUGCUGUAAUUAGAAUGUUUUUUACAAAAGCCUUUUAUUUUUAGUAAUUAUUUUUAUUUGCAGGAUGUCGUUAAUGAAAUCUUCAAUUCAUAAAAUACUUUUCUCACUCAAUAAGUGCAUCAGUGACCAAAUGCCUUUUUCAAACCAUUGCUGUACAAAGAUGGAUUUGUUUCUCAUUUUAAUAUAAGAACAAUUCCAUAGUGGAGUAUUGUGUGUGAUGAAGUUGUGUUUGUAAAUUAGUUUCCAGUACAACAACACUACUCUAGCCUUGACUGGAGGGCAAAGCAGGUCUAAAUAGCAACCGGCUGAUUGACAGUCCAGGUGUGGCCAGGUGCCAAUCAGCCGCAUCUGAGGGGAAACAGCUCUCAGAGAGACAAGCAGGAAACUGAACCAAAAUAAGAGCGCUUACAGGAAAUAAAAACAAACACAGAGGAAAAAACCUAACUAAACUGUCAGUGACAAAUUUGACACAUUUAUUAAAAAAACAAAACUUCUAUCGAUAUUUGCAGUUGCGGCAUUUUGUUAAUAUGAAGGUGAAAAAUGUAACAAAGACCAGCAUAUGUUUAAUUGAACUGUUUACAAAAGUUUACAAUGCAGAAAUUAUUGAUAGAAGUGUUUCAUGUUUGUAUAAGAAAUCAUAUUUAACUUCAUAUAUUAAAACAAAAUGGGAGAAGGAAGGAGGGAUAACUACAUCUGAGGAAGAAUGGACAAUAAAAAGGAGAUAUCAAUGGACUUGUAGCAGCUCACCCAAGUGGAGAGUUUGGCUGGGAAAGUUUUAUUCCACCUUCUCAGAAGUCUCAGUAUGAUAACAACUCCCCUGCCUGUUGGACAAAUUGUGGGAAUCUAAAGGCAAACCACUAGCAUGUUUUCUGGGACUGCUCUGCCAUAAAGGACUAUUGGAAAGAGAUACACCAAGCUCUACAGGAUAUUUUCAAAUCACCCCUUGAAAGUAACAUUCUGUUUUUCACACAUCGCACCUCAGGAUUGGCUGAAAAAAGAGAAAUACUUCAUGAAUAUCCUACUA